ACAGUACCGUUUUUAAUAUACAUAUUAUUGGCAUAAAUACAUUAUAUACAAAUUAUUGGCAUAAAUACAAUUAUAAUAUACAUAUUGGUAUCAAAUGCUGCAAGAACAUUUCAUCAAUAAUGUUUUGAGUCAUAGAAUUUUUAGUAAUUUAAAGCUCUAAAAAAUAUAAAAUUGAGAAAAAUGUAUUUAAAACUUCCACUAACUUCCACUAUAACUAACUGUCUUUAUAUGCAGCUAGAAAUUCACAAAAACGUUUUUUUAAACCUGCGUUCUAAUGUAAUAUGAAAUUUUCAGAAACUUUUAUAAUAGAUUUGUUAUGAAUUAAUCGAUCGACAACGGUUUCAACUGGCUUAUGAUUCAUGGCAAAAAUAUGUAGCCACUGGUCAGUCAGGUGGCCGGCGUGCAUUUUUGCGGCUUCUACACUGAGCCGAUGCGUUGCACAUCUGUUAUUUCUCUACCGUUGUGUUGAGCGGUUGUUUGGCCUGUUCAUGUGACGUCAUUGAAAUGAGUCAUCCUUGCGAAGUGGUGAUUUGGUCGACCUUCUAUCCCGGACCAUUACGUCUUUCUUCAAAACAUGGAGCUAACCUCCAUGCUUCAAAAGGAGGGGAGAGGGCGGUAAUUCCCCGACCUUUUAUUUUUGUAGCUUGUCCAUUUCCGUAGGCUGGAGGAGCCGGUUGGUUUGUUAUUAUGGGGCAGAAUUGCGUAUUAUUACGAUGAACAACUACGUUUCAUUUGCUAGGUGUCUCGUUUUUUCGUCCCUCUUCUCAGGCCUCGAGCGAGCGUUGACCGAAUUUUUCCCUCGUUUUUCUGCUUGUUUCUCCUCCUCAGUGAGGCCACGGUAGAGAGGUAUUGCAUAUCGAUUUGAAGACUUCGCAUUUGUAAAGAAUAGUGUCUGCAGUUCUUGUAAUACUAUUGAAUCGACAGGGUAUUUUUUUUUUUUUUUUUUUUUUUUUUUUUUUUUUUACGCGCGUAAGACCUUUUUUUAAUUCGGAACCAAGAUGUGCUUUACUGCAUAACAGAUGUAUUCGUGGUUUGAUGGCAAGUGAAAAUGACAGGCAUCUUUAUUUCCGAAAUACGUCUCUUACUUUAUGGUUUUGCAGUUAUAACAUUUUAUCUGACAUCAUCUAAUUAUGAAAACCUUCUUGAAAGAGGAAGAUAUAUUACCUUCUGUACGAACAACUUGUACUGGAUCUAGGCAACCACUAAAGUUGUUGCAAGAUUUUCAAAACUGCCAUAGUUUUACAAUGUCAUUAAAAUGUGGUGCUUCUACAGUUCGCAGAUCUAAUUCACCUAGGCAAAAAACUGGAUUAUAUUCCAGAGAACCAUCUCAUGACUUCAGAACUAGGACUCCUAAUGUUAGUUCUGGCCAAAGCACAAAUGCAAGAACCUCAGCAAAUAUCAAAACUGUAACAAAAUCUGGAACUUCGGUGCAUAAGAAACAAGAAAUGCAUCCUGAUGCAAAAAUUAAAGUUUCAGACUCUACAAGUAGUACUUCAAGUUCUGUUGGAAGCCUGACAUCAUCUCCAAAGUGGUCUCAUAUUAAAAAUAAAUUUGAAAAUUUUGACACCAUUGAGAACACUAAAUCUAAUAAAAGUGUUUCAUUAUCUAAAGAAGAUAGAAAUAAAUUAAAAUCUUCAACAUCAAAAAAUUUAACUUCAGUUCAUAAUAUUAAUUUGGGUGAAUCCAAGACCAAACAUUCUAUUUUUAAAAUAGACAAUGAGAGGAAGGUUGCCAGUAUGUCUUCCACUAAAUCUGAUACAGCUUCAGUUUCAUCUUUAUUGAAAAUGAAUAAUGAUAAGUCUAAACUAUAUACUUCAAAUUUAAAGAAUUUUCAGAAGGAAAAAGCUAAGUCAAAAACUUCACCCAAAAGUUCUCAAGUGAAUUUGCCAUCAGUAAAUGAAACUUCUGUGCAGUUAACUAGUUCUCCCAAUGUUGUGGACAGUGAUUCAUUAUCAAAGAGUACAAAGACUUCUCGCUUAAGUAUCCAACCAAAUUCAUCAGCUUUACAUUCCACCAAUUCCAUUUGGUAUUCGCAUUUUAAACCGCCAACUUCAAGUGUGUUGGCUGUAAAGUCAAAUUCUCAUAAAAGUUCUCAUGUGAGCAUUCCAUCUGCUUCCUCUUCAAAUUCCAGUGGUUCACCUAAAAGCUCAUUAUUAAACAUUCCAGUUGUAAACGAUCCAGUUUCAAGUAACAUGCUGAAGAAUUCGUAUGUAAACAUGCCAUUAACAAAUACAUCAGCUCUGCAUACAUCAGUAAUAUCUAAAAAAUACAUUACUUCUACAAAAUUGAAUGCAAAAGCAAAACAAAAAUUUGAAGAUAAACCAAUAUUAAAUGUAAAUUCAAAUAAAAUUUUGUGUGAUAAAGAUGAAGAGAAAUCGACUAAACGUAAAGGAGUCUCUAAAACAUUUACUCAAAUAGAUCAGCCACCUAUGAAUAAUGCCACAAACAAAACUUCUAAACUUUCUGCCCAAACUGCUAAACCUAAUGGGGUCAAUACAGGCAGCAUUAUACAAAGAUCUGAAAAUGCAGAACAAAUUAAAGAAUUAGUGAAACGAUCUCAGCCCUCAUCAAAAACUGUUUGGGUCAAAGACAGUUGUGGGAACUGGACUAAAAAGUCAAAUCCAGAAUCAAAACCAAUAAGUAAUUCUAAAGUUGCCUCUUUGAGAAAUAAAUUUCUGGAAUCAAAUAAAGGAGGAGGUCAGCCAUUAACUAAAUCAGUUACAACAUCUGACGUCCCCAAUAAAACAGUCGAACAAACUAACCGUCCAUUAGCAAAAUCAAGUACAACCAGCAGCAUUUGUGACAAAACAUGUUUUGAUGGCUUUGGGAGUAAAGUUAGUGCAGUUAACAAUGAACAGUUGAAUAAAAAUAACUUUUCAAAUUGUGCUGAAGGUUGUGAACUUUUGUUCGAGAAUUCAGCUUGCACAAAUGAGGAAAUAAAGGAUGAGUGUUCCAAACCAGGUGAAAACAUCCCUAAACUGAGUAUUGUUCAACGAGCAGUUCUUAGUUUUGAAGGCAGUUUAGCUUUGCUUUCACCUGAAACACAAAAAAGACUGAAGCUUGUGAGUGAAAAAGUUCGAGCACAGACUGAUGAUGAUAAAUUAUUGCAAGCUAAAGCUAAAAAUGAAGGUAAAUAUCAAAGCAGCAUUGAAAAAAGGUUAAAUUCUCAGACUGCGAGUAAGCAUUCUUUAACAGGUGAAACUGUUUUAAACAAAAACAAUCUUAAGAAUAAAUCAAAUGAUUUAAAUAUUGAAUCAAAAGUUAAAAAUACUGAAGAUAUAAAAUCAAAAGGUGGUUUAGUGAAGAAACUUAAUACUUCAUCAACAAAACCUUCAAAAGAUUCUUCAGAUUGUGUAGCUGAUAAAUUAGGGCGUAGCAAUAACGUAGCUCCUAGUCUUAGCCAACGAACAAACAUGACUUUAAAUCUAACUAUGGAACACCUUAACAUGAAGUCAUCAAAUCAUGUUAAUGAUUAUUCACUGCAGCCUAAUAAUUCAUUUCUGUGGCGGCGCUCAGAAGCUGCAAGUGAACUUUCAAAAAGCAGCACCAAUUCAAGUGUUUCUUUAACGAGUUCAGAUUACAGAAACUAUUAUGAUGUUGAAAAUUAUUACUCUUCUUUGGAAUUAGAAAUAGAGAAAGAUGGUGAAGAGCACAUUUAUAUUGACUCCCAAGGUUCUUCUAGCAGUGGGAACUAUGGAUCAAGUACUCGAUCUUAUGAAAAUGUCCAUCCUACUGUUGAUGUUAAAAACAGGAAAACUGAUUCCUAUGAUGAAUGGGCUGAUAUAAGUGAUGAUGAUUAUAUGAAAAGUAGCUUGUCUACUAGCCAGAGCAGCACUUUAAAAAAAAGAAAGAAUAAGCGUGUAUCAACCCAUAAGGUUAAUUAUUCAAAUACUUCCAAAUCAGCUGAUUCAAGAAAGCCUAUGCUGAAUGACACCAUUUCAUUUACUGAUUCUAGUGACACAUUAAUUAAUGAUGAGGUUGCAAAUGAAAGCACAUUUGAUCUAGCUGAUGCAAAUCAUUUUUAUGAGCCAGUAUAUGAAAGCCUGGGUAAUUAUUUAUUGGAAAAGAAUGAGCAUGAUGAUGCAGAGAAAGGUGAACAAGAUGAUGAAAACUGCAGUAUUUCUUUAUCACCCGACGAUGGUGAUAAUGCUGAUUUUAUGCACUGUUCUCUUACAAGCUUAGAAUCUGCAGAAAGCAGUAAACUAGAAAAAGAACAAAUAUGUGAUUUGGCACUUGCGUCAGAUAAUUCAAACGCUGUUAAAAAACCUGGAAAUAAAAUUAGUCAACUUAAAAGACAUCUGUCGUGGACCAAAAAUGACAUUCGUUUGGAACUUUCAUCCAAAUUUAAUAAAAUCAAAAUUAAAAAGAACGGACAAAAUUCUACUGAGAUUGGUGUAAAGGUCCAAGAACAUGAAUCAAUAAAUACUUCUCCAAAGAAAAAAACUUUUAUUAAAUGCAUUUUAAGACAAAAGAGUUCAAGUAGCAUACCUUUAAAAAGAUCUCCAUCACCUAAAAAAGAAAGUGCUCAUUUUUAUGUUCAUUUGUCAAUGGGUCGAGAAAAGCAGCGACCAUUUAGUGACUCUGUUGUAGCAGAUGAAAGUCUGAAGUCUUCCAGAAAUGGUUUGCAGCAAUUACGAAAGCAAUCAGAGCCAUCACUGCCACUUACUACUAAUGAUAUUAAAUGUUCCCAACAACGUCCACGCGUGAGAAAGAUUUCAAAUGCUCCUGCUAUCCAACGUCCCAAAACACCUCCUCCAUUGCCUCCUAUGCAAAUAAUAAAUACAAAAAUUGUUUCAUCUAGUUACACUAAAGUAUCUGAAAAAGAACAAAAUAGCAUUUCAUGUAAUUCAACAUAUGGCUGUUCUGAUAAUACAGACUCACCAUUAUAUACUGCUUUGGAUCCAGAUCUGGUUGAUUCAGCUAACAGCAAAGUUUCUGCAGAUUAUGAAAAUGAUGUAUUCAAGAAUAUAAGAACUUCUAAUGAUCCUUCUUUGGAAGACUUACUUUAUGCUGAUGAACAAAGCUCAGCCUCAAACACUGGGGCUACCUCCCUAACAACAUAUGAUUGUUUUAAUUUGCCUUUUUUGCCUGCAUUUCAGUCAGAGUUAUUAAAAUCCCCCUUUGAGGAAGAGCCAAUGUACCAGUUUUAUCAUAAAGAUGUUCAACAAAGGGCAACACUUUGGUAUUCUGCAGAUGGCUCUGAAUCUGAAUAUGAAGAUGAUAAUUUAAGUAAGUUGUCUGACAGCGAUAUGCAUAACCAUUCAAAACCACCUGUAUUACAGUCACAAAUGUCUGCAAUGGAUUUGGUACAUGGUGAAGGUGGACAGCGAACACUUUGGUGUGAAGUUCCUGAAGUUGUAAAGAGUGGAAUUUUGAAAACAAUAUCACCAAAUGACAGAAAAAUCCAAGAAGCUAUGUUUGAAGUCAUUACAUCUGAAGCAUCUUAUCUUAAGAGCCUGAAUUUUCUAAUUGAGCAUUUUGUACAAUGUCCAGAAUUCAGUGGAGACUUCACAGAGAAACAUGUACUAGACAAAAGAGAAAAGCACGUCUUGUUUUCUGACAUUCAGCCAGUUCGAGAUGUCAGCGCACAUCUUCUUGCAGAUCUGGAGAAGAGAUGGCUUGAAAAUAUAGUGCUGAGCAAUGUAUGUGAUAUUGUAUAUGAGCAUGCUAGUAAAUAUUUCUCAGUUUAUGUGAAGUAUUGCUCAAAUCAGUUGUACCAGGAAAGAACUUUAAAAGAACUCAAAGAGAAAAGACCAGAUUUUGUAACAGUUCUGAAAAGAUUAGAAUCUAAUCCAGUAUGUCAAGGUUUGGACAUGCAUUCCUUUCUGAUGUUACCAAUGCAAAGAAUAACACGCUUACCUUUGCUUAUUGAUGCUAUUUUUCAUCGGCUCACAGUUGACUCACCUAUUUAUGAGAGUUGCAAAAUGGCACUGGCAAUGGUAAAUAAGCUUGUUGCAGAAUGCAAUGAGGGUGCACGUAAAAUGGAACGAAUGGAAGAAAUGUUAGUUAUUAGUCAGCAACUGGAUUUUAAGGAUUGUAAAGGGUUUGGCUUGUUGUCAGCAUCCCGUUGGUUGGUUAAGAAAGGAGAAUUGGUGCAACUUCUAUUGGACAACACUAAUCGUAGGACAUUUGGUCGUAGUAGCCGUUGGUGUAAAAUUCAGUUAUAUCUCUUUCUGUUCACAGAUUUAUUAGUUGUCACGCGUAAAAAGGGGGAUGACAGCUACUUUGUAGUUGAUUACUGUCCUCGAAAUAUGUUGCAAGUGAAAGCAGUUGACGAAAAUACACCACCUUUACCUGUACGUCUACCAUCUAGUUAUAGAAAUCUCUUUCAAAUGACAAUGCUGAACAAUAGAGAUGGAAAGACUGUCGAAAUGCUUCUCAGUUGUUUGCUUGAGAGUGAUCGCACUCGUUGGAUGGAUGCAGUGACUCCUGCAAAAUCUGAAAAUCCUGAUGAGAAGAUUUAUGAAGAAUGGGAUUGUCCACAAGUUCAGUGCACACAUGCUUACAAUGCUCAACAGCCUGAUGAAUUAUCAUUAGAAGAAGCUGAUGUGGUUAAUGUCUUCAGGAAAAUGGCUGAUGGUUGGUUUGAAGGGGAGAGGAUUAGAGAUGGAGUCCGAGGCUGGUUCCCAUCUUCCCAUGCUGUAGAAAUAAUCAAUUCUCAUGUUCGAGCUCGCAACUUACAUCAAAGAUAUCGCCUUCUCAUGUUAUCUCAAACUUAUUUAGAGGAGCAAUACAAAGCCCAGGCUAUUCUGAGUAAGAAAUAAAGAAAGGCCUUUAUCAUUAAGACUUUUUGCCAUUUUUAUACUAUUGCCAUAAUUUAUUGGGGUCAAGCAAAUAUGUAUAUUAUAUAUUGUGUAGUAUUGUAUACUUAUAAGUAGUAUUUCAUUUGUCGCUCAAUAUGUCAUCCUUUUUUUCUGCAAAUCCUUAAAAAUUUUGAUUUCAUUAUGUAUAUUUUCAUACAUUUUUGCUGAUGUCUGUAAAUAUUUAUAGUGUGUUUUGUAUUUGUACAUUUUAUACUGAACAUUUUUGUAAAUGAAAUGUGUUUACAUUGUUCUUUUAUAAUUUUUUUUUAUUCUAUUGCAAUAACUAAUACUUUUCAACAUCUCAAGAUUACUUUUAUUAUUUAUUCUGCAAGCUAACUAGUAAGGAAACUGGCUAAAUAUUGAAAAAAUUUAAAUGCAUUUAUUUUAUAUUUUUGAGAUUUAACUUUCAACUAUAGUUGUUACUGGAAUCAUACAUAUUAUUGUUGCAGAGAGAAUGAAAAAAUAUUUUUAUGUGUACUCUAUUUAUGUGAAUAUUUUCCAAGAUAUAUGGUUUUAUCAACCUAUUUUGAUACUAACUGUGCUAUUUUAAAUGAUAAUAAACACAUAUUUAGCACAAUUUUCUUGACUGGGAUGGUUCAGUCAGCCUAUAUUUAUAUGCAAGGAGCAAGACCAGUGGUCAGCAACGUUUUUUUCAAGUGGGACAUUUUUCAAUUUUUUUCCCCCUUAAAAAUUUUUAUUGGUGGGUCACGUUACUUCUAUUUUAGAUUACGCAUUAGGGGAAAAGAAAAGAAGGUGUGGGAAAAAGAAAGAAUAAAGAAAAUUAUCUAACAAUAAAAAUUAAAAAGAACAUGUAGCAUGAUGAAAAAAAUAGUCAGUUUUUGAAAAAAUAGCAUACAUCAAUACAAUGUAUAACAUAAAAAAUAAUAACUAUAUUAAAUUUACCAUUUGCUUUUAAUAAGAGUAACAGUCAAUUUAUAGUAUAACUAUUUAUAAGUGAUAUUCCUUUACAAAAACUAUAAAUUUUGUUUAAAUUGUAAAACAAUAUUUAAGACGUAUCUAAGUGUCAGUUUUAACAGCCUAAAUAUAAGAUAUUCCCUCUCCACCAAAAAUGCCUUUCUGAAAAUUUUUCCUGUCUUACAUUUAAAAAAUAUUAAGAAAAUUUAUCAAUUAUUCUUUAAUUUUUUUUGGCAUGAAAAGUAGAUAAUUUGUUUUUAUGUAUAGACUUUUAGUCAAAAUACGACAAAUUCAUUCAGUUACAUUUCUUGUAAAACAGUGCCAACAUACAGAGCUCAUUGUGUUUGUCCAAUGUUAAAGCCCCUCCUCUUUUUCUCCUUAGAUGUAAAAACACUUUAUAUAAUGCUGCUUGUCUUAUAUGUAGCAUCAUCAUAUAUUUGAGAUUGCAUGUUAC